GCAAGGUCCUUGGAAUUAUAAGGCGAGGAUACGAAAACGAAUGGUUGCAAUCAAUGUGUACGCGGAGUAUAGUGCGACACAGGGAUCUUUCUGAUUGUGUUUGAUUUUUCGAGGAACCUCAAAGAGUCAGCACGUUCGACGAAAAUGAUCCUAUAUUAUGUCAUAUUGGUGGUUCUCAGCUGGUCUCAAAUAAGAUGUACGGAGGAUGUCAACUUGAAAAGUGAGGAGCUUUUAGAUCAAUUCGCAACUGCGUCGGAAAAUAUAGCAGAGGCUGCAAAACUCUCGAGUGCGGGUUCAGAAAAUUCUCAAGAGCAAAUCUCGAGCAUAUCGUCGUCAAGAGGCUCAAUACACUAUGAAAAUUCCAACGGUUUUGUGCCUAUAGUACCAUCGGGCUCUUCGUCGUACAACAACGAUCCUGAUUCAUACGACUCGUCGUUAGAGAGCAAUGAUUCCGAACAGCGGGAGAACCAGUCUGAAGAGAGCAACGCGACAUAUGCCGUAAGUGCUGAAGACAAUUUGGCCGCGAGGGUGAAAAAAUUUGAGGAAGACUUAGCGUAUUCCUCGGAAGCGAGGAUUUUUUUGAAUUAUCCUGGAUCGUUGACGAAUCGUCGGUCUUUCGAUUUCCAGGACGGCCGAUCGAACGAAUUCGAGCUGCUGAAGAUCAACAACGACACUCCUGCGGUGGCCAAUUACAAGGAAUUUUACGAUAACGUGCGCAGUACGGUGAACACCGAGACCGACAACCAACCGGACACGUCUUCUUCGGAGAGUUCGAACGACGAAAGAGAGAAGAAAACCGAAAACUAUGCCCAUAAUUACAGUCAGCAGUCGCAGGAAACCAAUGAUGAAGAUUCCUACGCGCAAUACUCGCACAAUGGCGUGCAGGAUACGAAGAAAAUUAAUUAUGAGCAGGAGAAAGUCGCUGAUAAUUAUUCUCACCAGGACACCGCGAACUAUGGGCAGAAUACAGCGACGGACUCGUCCUCGUCAAGGACGAAUUACCAGGCCAACGAACUCACGCAAAGCGGAACUUACGACAAUGUGGCGGAACCGUCGAGGGCACACUAUAGAUCUAAGCCGGUCGUAGUUGCCGAAGCGAACAAUUAUAAGAGCGGCUCGGACUUGAUGAACUUGAGAACUUCCAGCUCAGAUACAUUAAGUCAUUACCAAGUUUAUAACGACAAUAACAGACAGCGCAGUUAUCAUCGCCCGGAGGAACUCAAGAAUCUCUCGGACGAGAGUGCAGAUUAUUCUGAGUACCAAGCGGUCGAGCGACCAAGAGUGAGGGUGCAAAAGAUUCGAAGACGUCCGUUGUAUCCUGAUUCUACUAGAAAACUUCCGAAGGAACAUCGCAACACGAUGGCCGACAGUACGGAAGAAGAUAAGCACAAAUACAGCUCUUCAAAACUGAAAUCGCAGCGAUACAAUAAGAUGAAGAUGAAUCCAUGGCUUAAUGACCCUGCUACGAAUCAUCGCGACGAAGGCGACGAAAACAAUAGAUACGGUUUCAAAGGUAAUACGGAUACAAAAGGCUCCAAAGCACACAGCGGAUCCAGACCGAAAGUUGUCAAUUCGUGGAAUCAGAUCUCUCCGAAUCUCGAGGUCUCUCAUUCCAACGGAAUCGAAGUAAAUCAGAUGGAGAAACCAAAGUUCUUGGUUAAUUUCGUACCUGUGGCGAAUUUCGAUCACGCUACCGCGUUAGGCAAUAGCCAAGGUUUUGACGUGUCCAACGUCCUGCAAAACGUCGCCACCGCCGCGCCAAUCGGAGCAUUUGGCACGACUGCUCCUCUCCUGAGCACUUCUCAGCCUAUCCUCGCUCAGAAUUUGGCUCAACUAUCAAAGAACUUGGUGAACUUGCAGAAUUUGGCGGUCUCCACGCCGAUGCCCGAUAUAAUCGUCGGUCAGAACACUUAUCACAAUCCUGUGCAUACGGUUCUACUUUCUCCGAACGAACAGAACAAGGGAACCUAUGUGUCAAGUACUAUGACACCGCUGUUUGCCUUGACGUCCAGUCUGAGCCCGGCAUUGCAGAAUGUGCGAGUUCAGAGUAACAACGUAACGCCGCGAACGACCUUUGCCGUGACGCCGACUUCCACGGUUGUUCAACAGAUACCGAUAAAUCAAGUGCACUCCGACGUGCAGCAGCUGAUAGUACCGCAACCGACUCUUCAAACAUUCCCGAACUUUUUGCAAACGCCACUUCAGACGAAUCAGAUCCAGGUAAAUCCUCACGGAUUGCAGGGUCAAAAUUUAAUACACAGUAAUUUACAGAUACAAAGUUCCCCGACAACGCCCACGCUGCUGUCCGGUCAGAUGGUGCCGGAAAGCAGGAACAACGUGGACUCGCACAAUAAAAAGACGUACCCCGGCACGAACUUUAUAGCCUCCGCGAGUUUGGCUGUUGGUCAGAAUGAACAGCAGAAACAGUCGACUAACAUCAACCCAUACUACGUGCAUAAUCAAAAACCUCAAGAAAUGACUAUACUGCACCCCACUGCGACUUUAAACGGUAUAACUGUAAACACUCAGCAACUAAUUCCUCAACAAAAUGGCAAUCUGAUCUUGCAUCGCCCGCGUGAUCAGACGCAACAAUAUGUCAAGCUACAGAAUAACGGCGUGGAUGCUAUGCAGCAGUUGCAGGCUCAACUGAACAAACAGUUAAAAAAUCAUAGAUUAGGCGGCCUUACACUGCAGAAUGUUGAUAGCACGACUAGUCAAUCAAAUGCGUUCGAAAUAUCAUCAGUGAACGCGCAUCUUCCGAACGUGGGCACCAAAAACGUGGAGAUCCUGAAUCCCAAUAUUAAGCAGAGUUCAAUCGACCCGACAUAUCAGACGAUACACUAUCCGGCUGCUGUUCUGACGACGCCUAUUCCAAUUUUCAGUACAAUGACUCCGAUUAAUCCGCAGACUGUUAAUCUUCAAAGUUAUGUUAUGAAUUCGCUGACAGAGAACGCAAAAGCAAAGCAACUAGGUGUGCAAAGUCACGAACGACCGAUGUACAAUCCCAUCAACUUUGUUCCGAACGUUGAUAUCAUUAAAGAUCAGAAUACUCUUAACAAUAAGUUGCCGACCAACGAACCUGUUCAGCAAGGUUUGAACUUGGUGCCCGUCAUGCCCGGGGGUAAUUUCUUCAAACCGUCAUACGCGGCGCAAAGCGAAUUAGCUGUGAAGCCGAAGCUGGCCUCGGAUUUGCAGAAGUACGCCGAGGAGAUGUUUAAAGAAUCUCUGAAGACGAUGUACAACUCGCAGAAGUGGAAUAAUGAUAGAAAACCACAGGAAACCGUUCAGAGUAAUUACGAAACGAAUGAUUUAGCAAAGUUGAGAAUCGAAAUGCAAAAAUUGAAAGCUUUGACAGAGUCGAAGUAUAAAGACAUUCUCGAAGCGCAGCAGAGUAUACAUAGUGUGCGCGGGACUGAGCCGCCAAAGCUUUCGAACGAUAAAAAGAAACGAGAUCCUCUGUUAGAGACCUUGGAACAUUUGCUGAAAACUCGGCCUCGUGGACCCAUACAUAUUUAUCACGGUCCUGUUAAACAUAAACGUAAACCGGAAGAGCCAAGCUUCGAUUUCGACGAGUUAAAGGAAGGAAGUCACGUGAAAGAAUUUCUCACGCCACCCAAGUCGAAGCCUUUGCACUCGAAAGGCCCUUUCCAUGAAAAGCCGAAGAAACGACCGGUAGCCGUAAGAUUUAAAAAUAAUUCGAGAAGACCUUCAAGACCGGGAAAAUUGCCGCCUAAAUCCGGCGGGCUAGACACGUCCUCGAGCGAUAUACAUUUAUAUGUAGAUCCGGAAGAGUUCGGUCUUGAUGCUAGGCCUCAGCCGUCCUUUGAGAGAUAUCGCUCGACAUCAUUCACCACGGCGACACCAGAAAUUGUUAAAAUUUUGAGAGAGAUCAAGUCGCCGAAUAACAAGAAUUAUGAUAUCAAUCACCCUAGAAUGCAUAAUCUUCUCGGUUUGUUGAUGAAAAAUAAACAAUUGCCGACCAGAAGCACACAGAAUUAUUUUCGUGACAAAGAUCAGGUGAGAGAAUUUUUCGAAAGCGAAAAACGCCGGCUGCAUCAGCAAUUUGUCAACGACGCCCUAAGGGAAUACAUGAACAGGUCGCAAUCGGAUUCGGAUAUCGACAGAAAAGUCUAUUCGGAGAACGGUACCGCGUAAAAUCCGUAAUCAAAAGUACAAGCGAGACGUUCAAUCACGAGAUGCGUUUGUUGUAUCUGCGAGUGAUUCGGAAAUCUGCUUGUGAAAGGACUAGAAUUCAAUAAUAAGUACAUUUAUUCUUUUUUGGUAAAAAAAAAUAAAAAUAGACAAUUUAUUUCUUAUCCGUAUUACGCAUCAAUGAAAGCAAUAUAUUGUGUCUGCGAUUGAUCGCGCUGUUCGCACUAUGAGUACUUAAUUAUAUAGUACUUAAUUAUAGUAACAUUUUAUACGGAAGUUGUUAACUUAAUUGUUAGUAUCGAACGCGUUUGUACGAAACAUUCGAAUCGAGGGAAAAGGAAAUUCGUCGUUCAUCUUUAAGACGCUUUAGCGAGUAUUAUAUGUACAUAUUAACUUAA